AUGGCGCGCGGCGCGCGCGUGCGGCGCGCGGCGGCGGCGGCGGCGGCGUGCGCCGAGCCGCCAGUGGACGGCGGCCUCGAGGCCAAGGUGUUGCUGCAGGACGGGGUCUGCCUGCUGUUCGUCCAGACGCCCGAGCGUGGGCACGAGCUGCGCCAUCGUCGGCCACAGAGCGCCGCUCCCGGGGGACCUCGGCGCUGGGCUGAGGGAGAUCGAGCGCCACCUGGACGGCUGGACUGCCGCGUGAAGGCGGCGAAGCAGGAGUUCACGAGGCUACUGGGCACGCUGCCGAGCAGGCCGCGCCGGCUGUCCCUGUCCGGCGCCGCCACGGGCGGCCGCUCGCGCGGCGCCCUGGCGCCCAUCAAGCGCAAGACCGAGCGCAGGGAGGCCCGGCGCGAGGAGAAGGCCGAGGCCGCUGCCUGGAUCCCGCAGAGCGUGGAGCAGGAGCUGCUGCUGCGGCUCCGGCAGGGCGUCUACAGGGGCGCCCGCGAGCCGCUGACGCGCACCCGGGUCGGCGAGGCCGAGGUCGCGGAGCUCCAGCUGGAGGCGGCAGGGCCCGCGGGGCGGGCGGCGCCCCGCCGGAAGCGCAGGAGGGCGCGCGAGGCAGAGGCCGCCGUCGAGCUGGAGCGCGAGGUGGAGACGGGCUGA